AGGAGCAAUCCCAUGAACACAUACGCGCACCAGCGAACCAACCACUAGUCAAAAGCACAAAAGCCACCCCCAAGAUCAAACCCCAAGAAAUCCAAGCACCCACUAAUUAUUCCAUCCCCUCUCUCUCUCCCCAGCGAUCCACAAAUAUUCCUUUAAGUUCCUCCCCAUCACACACACACAAAGAAAAUAAAUAAAAAGGCCUGAACCUCUGACGGAAAAGAAAGCGAGAGAGAAAAAAAGGUUUGGUUUUUAUUAGCGAGUAGCAGCAUACUCAAAGGAUGGAAGCGAUCCAAAUCGGAACCCAAUCCCAAAGGCGCAUGAAUAAUCCACCAGCUCCAGCAGUAGCCCUCCCUGUUGCUCCUUCCGCCUUGCUGCUGCUGCUGUUCCUGUUUUUUCCCCAAUCUUCCCAUCCCUAUCUCUACUACUCCAACAACGCCUUUGCCUUUCGUGUUUGCCCCCGCGCCUCAUCCCUCUGUCGCGGCGUUGUUCGUAGUGUUCAAGUUAUUAUUAUUAUUAUCAUCAUUAUUAUUCAUCCUCUUCAGCGCGAAGAUCCAGCCGCACAUCGAUUCGACUUUUCCCCGUCUGGGGUAUAUAGUGGAAAAGUGCGGCAUUUGUUGUUGUUGGUGGUGCGGGGAAACCCUACGAGAGGGGAAAGCUUGUGGGAGUUUCUGGGCGUUCCUGUGGCGGAGUUUGGAUCUAGGUUUGGGGGUUUCAGGUCGUCGCCGCCAUGGACGCCGGCGGCGGUGAUGGAGACGGGCCGCCGCUGGAGACCCCUGAGGAGAGGACGUCUCCGCCUCCCGCGCCGGCAACAGUCGCCGCCCCAGCUUCUGGCUCCGGGGGCGGCGCGGGUCCCUCUGGCUCUGGGGAGAAGCCGGUGAAGCGCAUGAUGAAGACCCCCUACCAGCUUGAUGUUCUCGAGCAGACGUAUUUAGCGGAGCAGUACCCCUCGGAGGCUAUGCGCGCCGAGCUGUCAGUGAAGAUAGGUCUGUCGGACAGGCAGCUGCAAAUGUGGUUCUGCCACAGGCGGCUCAAGGACAGGAAGCCACCGGCCAAGAGGCAACGGCGCGACGAAGAAGCUCCGGCAGCGCCCUUACUGGUGCCACCACCAGUAUUGCCGCUGCAGGCAAUGCUGCUGGCUAGCAGUGACCUUAUGAUGAGUGCUGUCAGUCCAUAUGAUGAGCCACUCCCCCCCACUCAUCCGCGAAGGGGAGGUGGGCGAUCUUCUGCUGUGCCCAGGAUUUCUGCUCCUGAUAUUGGGAGGAGGUACUACGAGCCACUGCCAGUUAUGAUGUCACCACCGGUGGCAUCGAUGCAGUUCAGGCAAGCUGAACUCAGGGUGAUUAAUUCUGUGGAGUCACAGCUCGGGGAGCCGUUGAGGGAGGAUGGACCAGUGCUCGGUGUUGAAUUUGAUCCCCUUCCUCCAGGUGCCUUUGGUGCACCAAUUGUUCCGGAGCAACAAAAGCAGCCAGUGCGAUCUUAUGAUGCAAAGAUAUUUUCUAGGCAUGAUCCAAAUCUCUUAAAGGUAUCGUCAUUCUUGCCCAGCAUGGAGCACCCUUUUGUUCCGAAUUCGUUUGCUGGGAAGAGAAAAUCAACGAUCGGUAAUACAUCUCAGGAUCUGCCUCAUGGUGGAUCCCGGGCAGUCCAUGAGUAUCAAUUUCUUCCUGAACAGCCAAGUGAUACAUAUGAGAGAGCAAGUAGAUCUCAUUACUAUGACACUCCAGUUGAAGCUUCAAAUUCGAGGAUAUCAUCUCUUACUCCAGGAUCGCAUCUUCUUCAUGGAUCCGAGGAGGUGGCUCCUGGUUAUGCUUUUGAAGGCCAAAUAUCUGGUUCUGGUCUUCUGCCUCAAUCUGGCAGGCCUCAGGUGUUUCCAGCAGCAUCAACAGAUUACGAGAUGAAUCCGUCUAAUAGCAACCUUAAUUCUGUGCCAGUUGAGGGUCAGUUUGGUAUUUCUCAAGUUGCUGGCUAUGAAGACCCACUUAUAUCAUCGGAAGGAAGGGCUCAUCUUGACGAAGAUGCUUCUCGAUUGGAUAGAAAGCGAAAACAUAACGAGGAAGCAAAAAUCGCAAAGGAAGUUGAGGCUCACGAAAGACGAAUUAGGAAGGAGCUUGAGAAACAGGAUAUGUUGAGGAAAAAGAGAGAGGAACAAAUGCGCAAGGAAAUGGAGAGACAUGAUCGUGAAAGGAGAAAAGAGGAGGAGAGAUUGUUGCGUGAGAGGCAAAGAGAGGAAGAAAGGUUCCAAAGGGAACAAAAACGUGAACAUGAGCGCAUGGAGAAAUUUUUGCAGAAGCAAUCUAGACGAGCAGAGAAACAAAGGCAAAAGGAAGAACUCAGAAAAGAGAAAGAGGCGGCGAGGCAAAAAGCUGCCAAUGAAAGAGCCACAGCACGCAGAAUUGCAAGGGAGUAUAUGGAACUUGUUGAAGAUGAGCGCUUGGAGCUAAUGGAAUUGGCUGCACAAAGCAAAGGGUUGCCCUCAAUGCUUUCUCUUGAUAGUGACACAUUGCAGCAGCUUGAUUCAUUUCGAGGCAUGUUGAGCCAAUUCCCCCCUGAGACGGUGAAACUGAAGGUGCCAUUUUUGAUAAAGCCUUGGACAGGAUCUGAGAACAAUCUUGGAAAUCUUUUGAUGGUGUGGAAAUUCUUGAUUACUUUUGCUGAUGUUCUCGGGCUUUCAGCAGUUACACUUGAUGAGUUUGUCCAGUCACUUCAUGAUUAUGAUUCAAGGUUGUUGGGGGAAUUCCAUGUUGCUCUUCUGAAAUCCAUCAUAAAGGAUAUCGAGGAUGUUGCACGAACUCCAUCGGUUGCACUGGGUGUGAAUCCAGGCGGUGGCCAUCCACAAAUUGUUGAAGGGGCAUAUUCUUGGGGCUUCAAUAUACGUAGCUGGCAGCACCACCUCAAUCUUCUUACUUGGCCUGAAAUAUUACGACAGUUUGCUUUAUCUGCUGGUUUUGGACCCCAAUUAAAGAAAAGGAACGCUGAAGAUGUUUUUUAUCGCGAUGAAAAUGAGGGUCAGGAUGGUCAGAAUGUCAUAUCCACUCUCCGAAAUGGUUCAGCAGCCGUGAGGGCUGCUGCUUUGAUGAAAGAAAGAGGCUACACCCAUCGGAGAUCUCGGCACCGCCUCACUCCCGGAACAGUAAAAUUUGCUGCUUUCCAUGUGCUUUCUCUUGAAGAAAGCAACGGUCUCACGAUAUUGGAAGUUGCAGAAAAAAUCCAGAAAUCGGGAUUACGAGACCUUACCACAAGCAAGACGCCUGAGGCAUCUAUAGCUGCUGCCUUAUCAAGGGACACGAAACUUUUUGAGCGAACUGCUCCUUCAACAUAUUGUGUCAAGUCCCCUUAUAGAAAAGAUCCAGCUGACUCUGAGGCUAUAUUGUCUGCAGCGCGUGAAAAAAUUAGGGCUUUUCAGAAUGUGCUUUCUGACUCUGAAGUUGAGAAGGAGGUGGAUGAUGCUGAGAGGGACGAGGAUUCUGAAUGUGAUGAUGCUGAUGAUGAUCCUGAUGUUGAUGAUGUGAAUAUUGAGGUAGGAGAUGGUGAUCCCCUUGCUGUUAAAGCACAAGAUGUAGUACCAAUGGCAACUGAAGUUGGUGACAUAAAGGGAGAGGCAGAUAGCACGGAUACUGCAUUAACCCAACCAAUUAGUUUCGCUAAAUCUGAAAAGGGUGCUAUCAUUCUUUCUUUAGACAAGUCCAACGCGGCAGGUACUUCAAGUGUUUCACCUCUCAGAGCUUCAUCUGAUCAUCACGAGGUAAUCACUGGUAAUGCGGAAGAUGCAGAAAUUGAUGAAAGCUACCAGGGCGAGUCUUGGGUACGGGGAUUGGCAGAAGGUGACUAUUACAAUCUUAGUGUCGAGGAACGGCUUAAUGCAUUGGUCGCACUUGUUGGUGUUGCCACUGAAGGGAACUCCAUCCGUGCUGUUCUUGAGGAACGUUUGGAAGCAGCGAAUGCCAUAAAGAAACAAAUGUGGGCGGAGGCACAACUUGAUAAGAGGCGUUCCAAGGAAGAGUUUGCUAGCAGAAUGCAGUACAGUUCUUACACGAGUUUAAAGGCUGAUGUUAAUCCAGAACAUAAUGCUACAGAGACUACUCCAACUCCAGCCCGUAAUAUUGAUAUAGAUACUGAUGGGAAUAUGGGGGCUGUAAACAAUACCGAGAUGCUUGAUCAAUAUAGUCACAGUAAUGCUGGAAAUGUGUCAUAUGAGAGGAAUGGUGUAGGGCAGGACAUCAGUUCGACACCAGAUAAUUUAUCUGCUCAGCAGUAUGCCUAUGCUGAUAAAACACGGUCUCAGUUGAAAUCAUACAUUGGUCAUAGAGCAGAGCAGCUGUAUGUUUACAGAUCACUGCCUCUGGGUCAGGAUCGCAGACGAAACCGAUAUUGGCAGUUCUCAACUUCUGCAUCACCAAAUGACCCUGGUUCAGGAAGAAUCUUUUUUGAAUCGAGAGAUGGAUAUUGGAGGGUUAUUGACUCAGAGGAGGCGUUUGAUUCUUUAGUAGCUUCACUUGAUACACGUGGCAGCCGGGAGGCACAGUUGCAUUCGAUGUUGCAAAGGAUUGAAGCAACCUUUAAGGAAGGUAUUAAGAGGAAAAGUAACGCGGCUACAGAACAGCCAGCUGGAAGGUAUUUAAAGAAUGGAGCUACUGACUUGAUGCAGGGAAGUUACCGUAGUGAGUUUGGAAGCCCAAGCAGUACUCUUUCUACUGUAUCGUCUGAUUCUUUCAGAAUAGAGCUUGGGCGUAAUGAUGCUGAGAAGACUGCUAUCUCGAAAAGGGCAGAUGGUUUUUUGAAAUGGAUGUGGAGGGAAUGCUACGAUCGCAAACUGACAUGUGCCGUGAAGUAUGGGAAGAAAAGAUGCUCUACAUUGAUUCAUUCUUGUUGUUACUGCUAUCAGAUUUACUUAGCAGAAGAAAGGCACUGCUCUUCGUGCCAUAAGAUUUUCAAACCCAUUCACAAUUUUUCUGAGCACGUGUCACAAUGUGAAGAGAAGCGGAGAACUGACCCUAACUGGAAGAUGCAAAUUGAAGACUACUCUGUUCCAAUAGGAAUCAGAAUGCUAAAAUUGCAGUUAGCUACAAUUGAGGCUAUGAUACCAUCAGAAGCACUUCAACCAUUUUGGACUGAUGGAUAUCGGAAAUCCUGGGGUGUAAAGUUGCACUCUACUGAAUCUGUUGAGGAAAUUUUUCAGAUGUUGACUCUGCUGGAAGGUGCAAUAAGACGAGACUAUUUAUCUUCUGAAUUUGAAACGACGAGUGAAUAUCUUAACUUAAACAUACAAGAUAUGCAUUCCCAGAAUCCUUUUGGAUUGUCUGGAGCUUCUGUACUUACAUGGGUUCCUGACACUAUUGCUGCCAUCACGUUAAGAAUGUUGGAACUUGAUUAUGCGGUUUCAUACACACAAAAUCAGAAGACAGAGAGAGAUGGUGGAGAUUCCAUGAAGCUUCCAUCAAGGCAUACAGUUGUUAAGAAGACACAACAUAUAGAGCCGUUGGAACCAGCUAGUGUUGACUUGUAUGAUGGAAGGUGGCCCCCCAGUAGUGGCCGCAGGGGUCGUGGACGGGGAAGUAGAGGAGGUAGCAGGGGAGGAAGAGGUCGAAGUCGAGGUGGAAGGGUCCCGAGAGGUGUUAGCAGCUCAUCUAGGAUCGAAUUUCGGGAUGACACUGCUGCAUAUGAGAAAGCCCCAAGAAAGAAUGCACGUCGAGGACGUGGUCGUGGCCGCGGCCGCGGGCGAGGACGUCGAACAGUUAGGCCUCGACAGCCAUCAUCUGAUGGGAGAGGCAGAUCUAUUCCAAAGGCUAAUUUAUUGGGAAGCUUUAGCAUGCUUAGCAAUGUGAAACCUGCCACCGUCACGGAGUCUCCACGAAGCUCAGGUGCGGAAGAGUGGGGCUUGGAGGACAGGAGGCCAUAUAUGGAAGUUGAUGAGAACAGCUCGGGGUCUCAGUCAGAUCAAUCAGAAGACAUUGAGGAAAAUGGCCAACCCAUGGAUGAGGAUUACGAUGAGCAAGUUCCAGAUUACUCCAUAGCCUAUUCUAGUGGGUCCAGACCCCAUGGCGUGAUGGAUGAUGAGACCGACGAGGAGGAUGAAGAUGCUGAAGGGGACGCGGAGGGUGAUGAGGACGGGGAAGACGAUGACGUCAACCAUGCUGCUGCUGCUGAUGAUGAUGAGAUGGACGAGGAUGACGAUAUAGGCGAUGAUGGAGACGAUGGUGGCGACGGAGUUGAGGCGAAUGCAGAUGAAGAUGAAGGCGCUACCUCGUAUUCGUCUGAGUACAGCGAAUAAGAGCCCUAGGAAGAAUGUCGGUUGGACAUCUAGGCAAGUAAUAGUGAAUGAACAAUAAUCUUGCCCUUUGGGGCAACAAUGCUAGUGUGGAACAGAAACUGUUGCUUGGUAGUAGGGUCUAGUGUAGUACCUGAGAUUUCUAUCGGUUGUCUGGCGCCGCGUAGCUGCCUAGACAAUCGAGCAGUGUAAAAGGGCUUGUGGCCUUGUUAGUUUAAUUUCGUUGGUGCGAUUCCCUCAUCUGUACAAUGUGCCCAAGGCAAAUUAUAAUUUUAUGAGCAUAGCUGCCUUUACAUA